GGAACUUGGCAGUGCAGACCAACACCUAGAAGUCUCCAGUCAAGACAAGAUACCUUGAGGACCUAAGCUUACAACAGACGACUCGCUACGUACCUCGAACUUCAGCUUCAACGCUCUCGGAUCCUCAUCCUAAUCGCUCGUCACCAUGGCUCUGAACUGGACGAUGCUUGACGCGUCGCGCUCUCCUGUCCCUCUCCCGCAUGAACAUACGGUCACCUCCAUCACUUCAGGCGUACAGCUCACCCUUCAAUUACCUGCGUCACGAUCGAAUGAUACGCCGAUACCCGCAAAGACGCUCAAGGAAACAGGCAAGGUUUGGCUCACAGAUAUGAGACUGAUCUUCGCCAGCAUGCCCGACGCAAAGAGUCCUGCCGUGGAGUCUUUAUCUAUUCCUCUCCCCUCCAUCUUAUCUUCCAAGUUCGAGCAACCCACAUUCGGCGCCAACUACCUUGAGUUGGAGAUAAAGCCCUCGGAGGGCGGCGGGCUUACAAGCGGGACGACAGCUCGCAUCGCGUUUCAGGACAGUGGCCUGUUCGAAUUCGUUGCCGUCCUGGGCAAGACGCGUGAACGCGCCAUCUACAUGAAACGCCAGGAGGCCGAAUCCGCCGAAGAUGAAGGCUUACCAACAUAUAGCAGCACGGGCGAGGGAACGUCUGAUAUGCCUCCGGGUUACGAGGCCUGAUGCUGAUACGCCGCGAACAUUUCUGACUGUAUGUUAUUUGACUGUGUGGGAUUAUUAAACCGGAUUAUUGUAGCGCUAAGGUGUACUUUUAAUAUAACCUUCUACCGGACUGUUCUCUUGCAACAUACUGCAGUCGAUCCCCACGGCCAAAUCGCACCGAUAAACCUACGACGUGCCAAGCUCUCGUUCGUGUCCAGGACCGUUUGCAUCAUCUUCUUUUGAAGGCUCCAUCGUAAGAAUUCAUAAUGUGGUCCAUGCGACCCAACGAUAUUUUAAACGUGCCGGAAGCACCAUGCUCACAGAGCCGUUCGAAGGUGUCAACUGGCAAGGCUUGAUUCGAUUCGAUUCGACCGAGCCGUACUGUGGGCCCGAACUACCAGGGUGGAGUGGUAACUCCGAGAACAUUGCAUCAGUCGUUUCAAUAGGCUUCGCGAUCCUUUGACCUUCUCCAGAACACCCAUUGCUCUUGUUCCUCUGGAUGUUAGGAUUUUGGAAGGCAGGGUUGAGCGUUGCGACCUCGUUGAGCUUGUACGCUCUUAUACGGGACCCAGGCGGUACUACGCGCCAAGGCUGGGUCGAGAGGAAAAGCGAAUAACGAUUAUCGGUCUCGG